AUGUCAAACAGUGAGACGAUCGUGAUGACAAUGACUGAAGCCCCGCCUCUGUCACCAAAAAAGGUAAAAAUGGAGCGCCAGGGCCUCGUUCCACGGCAAAACUUAAAGGACGAUGAGACAUCAACGAUUAUCGGUUCAUCUGAUCAUUCGGAGGCGCUCAGGCAAGGAGAGCAACCGCGAAUUCGAAUGAAAGAAAAAGGCAGCAGGGACAGUUCUCCACGGAAAAGGUCGGAUAGUUAUGGGCAAAAGACCAAACCACGUGGGUUUACAGACAAUCGGCCGAGAAUGGCAACCCUGGAAAUGACGGAAAUGUAA